UUUACCUUAGCGACCAAGGACGUUGGGCGGAGGCCCUGAAUUUGGCAACAGCGGAGGGUUCGAGUAGAGAGAAAUUCACAAUGCCAUUAAUAAAUAGAUAUUUAGAAAGUUUGAAUUUGAAUCCAGUCGAUAAGGAUAGUCUGACUGCAGCGGUAAAUUGCUGUAUAAAAUUAGGCAAGAUCGAUAUUUUGUGCAACGAGCUGUACGACGCUAUAUCGACUGACCAAAAUAAAAAGGACUGGUACUUUACUCUACUAACAGAUCAGAUAUGUACAGGAACUCUAAACGUUCUGUCUCCACAUACGGCCCAAUUACUAGUCAAAUAUUUAGAAAAUAGGGAUCAGCAAGCUUUAGAAAACGUACUGUUAUCAUUAGAUAUCGCUUGCUUAGACUUGCACCAAGUAUUGAAGAUUUGCAAGAAAUUGAAGCUUUAUAACGCCUGGAUACACAUAACCACUGGAACUUUGAGGGAUUAUACCAGUCCCAUGACUGAAUUUCUUUGUGAUUUAACCCCGGAUAAUCAUAAGUUAGGUAAUAUUUUAUUAGUAUACGUAUCAUCAUGUUUGGCCGGUUUGGGAUAUCCGACCGGCAAUAUACCAGAGGAAGACGUUCCUAGAGUCAAGCAUGACGUUUUAAGAUGCCUCGAGACGACUCAUUCGAUCAACAGCCAAAUCGACGAACCGGCAUAUCCGUACUUGAGAGCACUGCUUAAAUACAAUACCAGAGAAUGCUUGAAUGUGGUUGAAUUGGCAUUUUCUCAACCGGAAUUUUCUGGCGAAAUGGGUCUCUUGCAACGGCAACGUCUAGUCCAGAUUUUGUUGCAGGUUGUAAAGCCUGGAGAUUUUUCUGUAAGUAAUUUAAUUAUUUAGUUCUUAG